AUGGACCAUACAAGUUGCACGGCAAUUCGCCAAGCAAUUAGUGAAAUAACGCUCGAGGAACGUAUCGAAUUAAAGGAAUUGGAAAUCUUUGCCAAAGAAUUUAAACGAAAGCGUAAAAAUUUCGGUUUGUCUCAGAGUAACAUUGGCGUAGAUUUAGGCUGUCGAUUUGGCAUUGAUUUCUCGCAAUCAACUAUUUCACGAUUUGAAACCUUAAGUUUAUCGUUCAAUAAUAUGGCUAAAUUAAAACCACUGCUAAAAAAAUGGUUAGCAUAUGCAGAAGAUGCUGUAGCGAAUGGUGCAAAAAUUCGUACUUUGCUAGAAGCUGCCAGAAACCAAUCGCAGAACCGGUUUCCUUCCAAAGUCUUUGAAAUGUCCAAUUCUGGCACCACUGAAGCAGCGGGAAUGAGAGAAUCGGGGCGAUUAUUAAAAAAGCGCAGGAAACGCACAAUUCUUGAUGUGUGGCAAAAAGUACCAUUAGCUUUAUAUUUCAAACUCAAUCCGCGACCAGACCAUUAUAGAAUUGCCAGGCUAGCGGAAAUACUGGAAUUGAACCGUGAUGUUAGUCUUUCUAUUCCAUAG